GCGUGCAGCCUGGUCACAUGGGCCUGGGCUCUUGGUUCAGCUCAUUAGUCAGCCAUUUUGGUCAACACCCAGCUCACUGCGCACGACCAAUCCUGUGGGAACUCAGCAUCCCGGCUCGCCGAGCAGACACUGCAAGUGAUUUCUGCAGUUUGGAUCAUUUUAUGGCUGAAUUGAAAAUAUAGGUUUAUUUCUCAUUCAUUUUUUUUUCCUUUGGUGUUUUUUCUGCACAAAGAAAGGAUUUUUUUUUCACUUAUUCAUGCCAAGGCCAAUUUUUUAAAGCCAGUGAAGGCAGCAUUGUCUGUGCAGGAUUAGAAGCUCUGCUGAGAGAAAGGGAAGGAAAGAUAGAAGGAGUGGACGCUGGGAGAAGACCACCAUCAUCGUCCUGUUUUCUGCGUGGUAGGAGCUGUAAGAAAGAUAGUGCAGAAUUGCCUCUCCGAAGUAAUUACUUCCAUAAGGUGUUUUUCCUUGUGGUGUUUUUAAACCUCCCCACCCUUUUUUGCUUGAAAGCUUUGUUUCAGAGCUUUGGAUUGGGGACUUGUGUGUGUGUGUGUGUGUGUGUGUGUGUGUGAGAGAGAGAGAGAGAGAGAGAGAGAGAGAGAGAGAGAGUGUUGUGGUCCCAGCUGAGUCAUCAUGUCUGCUCUGACGCCUCCGACCGACAUGCCAACCCCCACCACUGACAAGAUCACACAGGCUGCCAUGGAGACCAUCUACCUUUGCAAAUUCCGAGUGUCCAUGGAUGGGGAAUGGCUCUGCCUGCGCGAGCUGGAUGACAUCUCACUCACACCUGACCCAGAGCCAACCCACGAAGACUCUUGGGAGGAUUUGACAGAUUUGGUGGAGCAAAUGCGCGAUGAUGCAGAAGACCCUAAUUAUCUCAUGGCUAAUGAACGCAUGAACCUGAUGAACAUGGCUAAGCUGAGUAUCAAAGGUUUAAUUGAGUCAGCUCUGAACCUGGGCAGGACUCUGGACUCUGACUAUGCGCCCCUUCAGCAGUUCUUCGUGGUGAUGGAACACUGCCUGAAGCACGGCCUGAGAGCAAAGAAAACUUUCCUUGGACAAAAUAAAUCUUUCUGGGGGCCUUUAGAACUGGUAGAAAAACUUGUUCCAGAGGCUGCAGAGAUAACAGCAAGUGUUAAAGAUCUUCCAGGACUGAAGACACCAGUAGGCAGAGGAAGAGCCUGGCUACGUUUGGCAUUAAUGCAAAAGAAACUAUCAGAAUACAUGAAAGCUUUGAUCAAUAAAAAGGAACUUCUCAGUGAGUUCUAUGAACCUAAUGCCCUCAUGAUGGAAGAAGAAGGGGCUAUUAUUGCUGGUCUCCUAGUGGGGCUGAAUGUCAUUGAUGCUAAUUUCUGCAUGAAAGGAGAAGAUCUGGACUCUCAGGUUGGAGUUAUAGACUUUUCCAUGUAUCUGAAGGAUGGAAACAGCAGUAAAGGUAGUGAAGGGGAUGGUCAGAUUACUGCAAUUCUGGACCAGAAGAACUAUGUCGAAGAACUCAACAGACAUCUAAAUGCUACAGUAAAUAACCUUCAGGGCAAGGUAGAUGCAUUAGAAAAAUCCAACACUAAACUGACAGAGGAGCUUGCUGUUGCAAACAACAGGAUUAUUACCUUACAAGAAGAAAUGGAAAGAGUUAAAGAAGAAAGCUCUUACAUACUGGAAUCCAAUCGGAAGGGUCCUAAGCAAGACAAAACUGCCGAAGGGCAAGCACUAAGUGAAGCAAGAAAGCAUUUAAAGGAGGAGACACAACUGCGAUUGGAUGUUGAGAAGGAGCUGGAGCUCCAGAUCAGCAUGCGGCAGGAGAUGGAGCUGGCCAUGAAGCUGCUGGAGAAGGACGUCUGUGAGAAGCAGGAGGCACUGGUGUCUCUGAGGCAACAGCUGGAUGACCUCAGGGCUCUUAAGCAUGAACUGGCCUUCAAGCUGCAGAGUUCAGACUUAGGAGUAAAACAGAAAAGUGAACUAAACAGUCGUUUGGAAGAGAAGACUAAUCAGAUGGCUGCUACCAUUAAACAACUGGAACAAAGUGAAAAAGAUUUGGUGAAACAGGCAAAGACCUUAAAUAGUGCAGCAAAUAAACUAAUCCCAAAACAUCAUUAGGCAUUUAUAUAGUUGGUCACCUCCAAAUCUGCUAUCCCAAGAUAACUGUAAAAGGAGGAAAUCUGAAAGUUAUUAUAUUUAACCUCUGAUCUAUUAAAAUAUCACCAAAAGUUGGCUGAAUUUAUUGGAUUUUUUAAAAAUAGUUGGAUAUAUAAGUUGAAUUUUUAUAUUAUUUUCUUCUCAAAGUUAGAAAUUUUGGUAUAAAUUCCAAAUUAAAUGCCAAAUAAACUUAAAUUAUUGCGAGUUGAUCAAUAAGUAAAACACCAUUGAAAAGCAUAGGAAACUGAAACUCUGUACAUAUAUUAACUCUGCCUUUGUGGCCAGUGCUUGGCACUUGCAGCUCAGGCAUGGUCCACCCCAUGUCUGCGCCAGCAGCCCGCUCCAUGCUGCAGUGGAAAGGACUGAGCUGACCCUGUGCACUGGACUCUCUGAAGUAGUUCUGUGUCUUUUAGGCCACCACCCCCUUUCACUUUCAUUAUGUAGGUUAAAUCCCCAAGCCAAGGAUAAGUACUUAGUACACUAUUUCAUUACAGUUCUCUUAAUAACCCAAGUUGCUUGCAAUAUUUUUGCCUUAGUGACUAAACAAAAAAAAACAAAACACAGCAUCCUUACAUUUCUUUAAAGUCCAUAGAGUCAAAGUUAGUGAUUAGGUAACUUACAAUAACAUCAUGUGGAAGAUUGAGAAACCCUCCUAAUACUGGUUAUCUCCUUCCUCUGCCCCUUUUCUGCAGUUCCAUAGAGCAAAUAACUUUCAUAAAAACACUCCUAUUAAACAUGCACUAUGCCCUCUCCAAAUCUAUCUUGAUUUCCUCCUGGCAAGAAGAACAACUUAUAGACAUGAGUAAUGAUUCCUGUCUGUCCUUUCUUAUCUGGAGACAUUUACUACUUCUGUUACUUUUUGUUUAGAUGGAGAUUUGCUGCAAGUUCCCAGAAACUAAUAAUUAAAUUAGCAGGAAAACAUUUCAGAGUAGGAAACAGAUAAAUUAUCAACUCACAUUCUUUAUUAUUUACUAUAAAAAAUAGAUUCCCAGUAGAUAUAUACAAGCAAUAUUAGCAGGGCUUGUUUUUCUAAGUGAUCAGAUAUAAGCCUUUCUGGGUUUUACAUUGUAAAUAAUCCUAUAAAUACUUUUUUUAAAUAAUGAUUUUUGAUUUGCAGAGAUAGACUUUUCAUAAGCCUCCAUUACUUCAAAAGGUCUUGACAGAAUUUUCAGAUUUUUUUUUUCCUCUUUCCAGUAUAUUUUGCAGCAUUUUAGCUGUGGAAGUGAGGACAAAAAAAAACCCCAUUUGUUUCCAGCUAUUUUUUCUUCUUGACAAAACCAGAACUAGGAGAGUAAGAUAGCUUUUAUGUAGGUCCUUGAACCAGACUUGAACCAAAAUCAAGUCAAAUAAUAUGUUAGAACAGACUUCAUGGAAGAUCCUGCACUUUUGAAUGUGUUUUAGUUCUACUAAUUUUGCACCUAUAUAAAUAAAAUUUUCAGUGAGUCACCUUUCUAUGAGCAUUUGAAAGAAGUGAUCAAACAUCAAAUAAAGAUUACGCAUAGCAUGCAUCUGAUUCUAUUACAUAAAAGUCCAAAACAUAGGUGCAAAGUUAUACAAUGUUCAAAAGAAGCAUCUGUAAGAAUCUUCCAGAGAACAUGAUUGGGUGUCUUAUGAGGCCUAGUGCUGACUUCUUUGGUCUAAUCUAUCACACAACACUUGGCAGGAAUGAAAAGGAAAGAGUCAAAUUCUGAUAAAAACUUUUCAUGUACAAUAACGUGAAGUUUGGGUAAGGGCUGAUGUGUAAUUUCAGUGAUUUAAAAUGUUUGAUGAAAGGGCCAGAAAAAAUGUUAAGAUUACAUAUAUAAGAAGGUAGUUAGCUGUAUGCACAUUCCAGCUAUGUGUGUAAUACAGAAAGAUAAAGUACCAGACCCAGUAGGAAAUGAAAACAAACAAGUGGGUUAAAUUCAAAUUACUAUGUACUUGAGGUUGGCUUUGGAUAUGGAUUUUUCUAAAAAGUGAUGUUUUAUUGUUUAUCAUCUAAUGGCUGUAAACUGUAGUACUAGAAUAAAAAAAAGUGGAAAAUCAGCUUUUCCUCUGCCUGGUUCACCUUCAUCUUGCUUUUUAAAGAAUUUGUUUCUUUUCCAUCAUUUUCCUUCAUGAUUUUUUUUUGUGUGUGUCCUGCAGAGCGUUUCCUGUCUCCCUGUGCCUUCUUCCUUGGGUUAUUUUAUUUUGUGCUGUGAACUUGCUCUCUUCCACCAUGGCUUUUGUUUUCAUCCUGAGUUCAUGUGGCUCAC